UUCUUUUUUCUUUUAUUAAAAAAAACACAUUAAGGAAUGGACAAUUCUUUUGUCAAAACACCCGAAGAGGUGUGUUCCUUUUUCAAUGUGGAUAAAAGUCACGGCCUGACGAAAAGUCAAGUAGAGCAACUACGAGCAAAAUAUGGAAAGAACGAAUUGCCUGAAGAAGAGCCUACGCCACUUUAUAAGCUCAUUAUCGAACAGUUUAAGGAUCAACUCGUACUGAUUUUAUUAGGAGCAGCCAUUAUCUCUUUUGUAUUAGCCCUUUUUGAAAGUGAAGAAAGCACCUCAACAGCAUUUGUAGAACCUAUUGUCAUUCUUAUCAUCUUAAUUGCCAACGCGACAGUUGGUGUCUUACAAGAAACUAGUGCCGAAAAGGCCAUUGACGCUUUACGUGAAUACUCACCCGAUGAAGCUAAGGUGCUUCGUGACGGCACGAUUCGUAAAGUACGAUCUGAAGAACUUGUGCCUGGUGACAUUAUUGACUUGAGUGUGGGAGAUAAAGUACCUGCCGAUGCUCGCAUCUUAUCUAUCACAACUAGCGUCUUUCGUGUGGACCAAGCCUUGUUGACAGGUGAAUCUGUCAGUGUUGAAAAACAAGUCGACCCUAUUCAUGAUGAACAUGCUGUCAAUCAAGAUCAGUGUAACAUCGUUUUCUCUGGUACCACUUGUGUUUUAGGAAAAGCUAGAGCUAUAGUCGUCAAAACCGGUGUUGCCACAGCCAUUGGUGACAUUCAUACAUCUAUCUCUGCUCAAAUCUCUGAAAAGACGCCCUUGAAACGCAAACUGGAUGAUUUUGGUGAUAUGUUGGCCAAGGUGAUCUCUGUUAUUUGUGUACUUGUCUGGCUUGUCAAUAUCCGUCACUUUAAUGAUUCCUCACACAAGGGCUGGUUAGAUGGUGCUGUCUAUUACUUCAAGAUUGCUGUUGCUUUGGCAGUCGCUGCUAUUCCCGAAGGAUUAGCUGCUGUCAUUACGGCUUGUUUGGCUCUCGGUACAAAAAAGAUGGCCAAAUGUGGUGCCAUUGUUCGUAGCUUGCCUAGUGUAGAAACCUUGGGGUGCACAAGCGUUAUUUGUUCAGAUAAGACAGGUACCUUGACUACAAACCAAAUGAGUGUCUCAAGAGUAGCCUUUGUUGGUGACUCUAAUGGCCAAUUGAACGAACUGGAAGUUGAAGGCACAAGCUUUGAACCUAUUCCCAACGCUGUUAAGCCUGCUGUUCAAAUGAGCCAAGGCUCUAUUAUUCAUGAUAUCGCCCUUGUCUGUUCUCUUUGUAACGAUUCACGUAUAGCUUAUGAUGAAUCAUCUGAUAGUUAUGCAGCCGUUGGUGAGCCUACUGAAGCUGCUCUUCAAGUCCUUGUUGAAAAACUUGGCACGACUGAUCCAUCAUACAACAGCCAAUUGACCACUCUUUCUAAAUCAAAGCGAUCAACAGCCUGUAAUGACUACUUUGCUCAAAAGAUUCAACGUAAAGCUACACUGGAAUUCACUCGUGACCGUAAGUCGAUGUCUGUACUUACAGAUGCCAAUGCUUUGCUUGUCAAGGGUGCUCCCGAAUCCAUCCUUGAUCGUUGUGCCUGGGUUCGCGUGUCAGAAACAUCCCAACCUGUCCCUAUUACGGCCGCUAUUCGUGAAUCUAUCAACAAGAAGAUUAAAGAGUAUGGUCAAACAAUGGCUCUUCGCUGUAUGGCCCUUGCUAAGCUCGAAAACGUCAACCCCAAUAACCUCAACCUGAAAGAUCAGACCACAUUUGCAAGCUAUGAACAAAACAUGGUUUUCCUAGGCCUCGUCGCCAUGAUGGAUCCUCCUCGUCCAGAAGUUGCUGACUCUAUUGAAAAGUGUAAGACAGCCGGUAUUCGCGUCAUUGUGAUCACGGGUGACCACAAGAACACCGCCGAGGCAAUCUGUCGACAGAUCGGUGUCUUUGAACCUGAUGAAGAUUUAACAGGCAAAAGCUACACGGGCCGUGAGUUUGAUAUGCUUACACCUGCUCAAAAGCUAGAGGCUAUAAAGGUUGCCAGUCUGUUCACACGUACUGAGCCUGCACAUAAGCAAGAACUGGUUGAUUUGUUAAAGACCAACGGUGAAAUUGUGGCCAUGACAGGCGAUGGUGUCAAUGAUGCACCUGCCUUAAAGAAGGCUGAUAUUGGUGUUGCCAUGGGUUCUGGAACUGAUGUAGCCAAAUUGGCAGCAGAUAUGGUUUUGGCCGAUGACAACUUUGCUACGAUUGAAAAGGCUGUGGAAGAAGGCAGAAGCAUUUACAAUAACACCAAGCAGUUCAUUCGUUACUUGAUUUCUUCUAAUAUUGGUGAAGUUGUAUCCAUCUUCUUAACCGUUCUUUUGGGAUUGCCAGAGGCUCUCAUUCCUGUUCAGUUGCUCUGGGUCAAUUUGGUUACUGAUGGUCUUCCCGCUACUGCCCUUGGAUUUAACCCUCCUGAUCACGACAUUAUGAGACGCCCUCCUCGUAGUUCCAAGGAACCUCUGGUCGGCGGCUGGCUAUUUUUCAGAUACAUGGCUGUUGGUACCUAUGUUGGUGUUGCCACCGUCUUUGGUUAUGUUUGGUGGUUUAUCUAUUAUUCAGGUGGACCUCAAAUUUCUUACUACCAACUCUCUCACUUCCACAAGUGCUCAAGCUUAUUCCCAGAGAUCGGAUGUGACAUGUUUACUAAUGAAUACUCAAUGAAGGCAACCACCAUGAGUUUAUCUGUAUUGGUGGUGAUUGAAAUGUUUAAUGCUAUGAACAGUUUGAGUGAAAAUGAAUCCUUGCUUACACUUCCCUUAUGGAGCAACCCUUACUUGGUGUUAUCGAUCAUAUUGUCUAUGGUAUUACAUUUCAUGAUCUUGUAUGUUCCUUUCUUUACAAAGCUGUUUGUCAUUGUACCAUUAAACUUGGAUGAAUGGAUCGCCGUCUUGUGGAUAUCAGCACCUGUCUUGCUGAUAGAUGAAGUGUUAAAGUUCAUCACUCGCACCUGGAUUGCCCCACCCACAGUUAUUUCUCAAAAGAAGAAGAAAACUCAAUAAACUAAUAGAUUAUCUAAACUUAAUAAUAAUUGAUAUUCCACAUGACAACGUUAUUAAUAUCUACAA